GGGAGCGCGGGCGGGGCGGCAGUGGCAGCCCGGGCCGGUGCGGGCCGGCGGUGGGUGCCGGUGGUGGCUGUGCAGCGGCGAGCGCCUGCUCCCUCGGGUGCCCCUCGCCAGCAUGAGCAGCGGUGCCGGGGGCCGCGGCAGGAGGAGGGCCGCCCGCUUCAGCUCGUCGGCUUCCUCCAUCUCCGAGGAGCCCCUCAGCCUCUCCGGCUGCUCCCCGCACUCCUCCGCGUCCCGCCCCAGCUCCCCGAGUAGCGAGGAGGAGGAGCGGGCGGCGGCGCCCCGGAGCCAGCGAGGCGAUAGAAAGGCUGAAGACUCUGAAGUAGCAGCGAGGGAAGAAGAGUCACCUUUGAAAGCUAAUCUUUCACCGUGGGAAGAAUGGUUCAUUGGCAAAGAGAAGGAGCUACGUGCCCAGUUACAAGCUAGAGCUGCAGAGAAAAAGAAUAUACAGCUUGACAAGAUGAAGCAAAAGCAAGAAUGUGAAAGGAGGAAAAGAAUAGCUGAAGAGAAGCACAAAGAAUGGGCCCAAAAAAAAAGGGAGGAGGAAAGGAGGGAAAGGGAACGAAAGCUGAGCAAAGAAAUGGCAGAAAAAGCCACAAGGGAACUAGAAAAAAUGCAGUUGCAAGAAAAGGCAGAAGUAAAGUAUAAAGAAUGGUUAAAGAAGAAGAGAGCUGAAGAAGCAGAGAAGAAGAAGAAAGAGAAGGAAAAAGAAAAAGAAAGGGAAGCUGAGCUGCAGGAGAAGAAAGCAAGGUCAGAGAAGGUCUUUAAGGAAUGGCUUCAUAAUGCUAGGAAUAAACCACGCCCUGUUUUAAAUGGCUAUGGCUUCCCACAUGGGAAUUCUACAGGGCGUGGUGAUGGGAAUUGGUAUCCAGCUCCAGCCUAUUGUAACCCCAUUCCAUGGAAACCUGUACUUGUGCCUCCUCCAAAGGAAGACAGUGUUCUUGCCAUGAAGAAGAGUAAGAGACCUGUAUCUUGUCAGUCAAGUUCUUCUUUGCCUAUAGUAAUUUAUAAGCCCAAGAACAACCUUUGUGUUGGAUCCUUGCACAGAAAGCAGCUGUAAUACAGAAAACAAAGCUAUUCUUACAAUCCUGACUGAACUGGCCCAUAAAUAUCAAUGCACAUGUAGUUUUGUGUCCAGAACAGCCUGCUUUUUUGUGAGUAGUAUUUUUUUGUGAGUGGGUUUGGUUUUUAGAGCUCACUCAGCAAUCAGCUUUGUAAUGUUUUAUUUUUAUGUGUUGCAAUUUAGUAGUAAAGAAAUUUAGCCAGUUGUAGUGGGACUGUAACUCAAUACCAAUAAACCUCACAGAAUUA